GCGCUCCCGCAGCUGCUCGGGCCCGGCCGCGGCGGCCGGCGGGCGCUGCCUGCCCGUACCCGGCAUGGCCGCCAAGGGGGCCCGGCAGCGGCCGCGGGCGGGCGGCGGGGACGUGGCGGGGCGGCGGCCCGAGCCCGCGGGCAGCGAGGAGGCGCGGAACGAAUCAUCCGGGAGCAAAGCAGGGCACGUCUGGGCCCCUGAAGGAUCAACAGCUUUCAAGUGUCUCAUCUCGGCCAGGUUCUGUGCGGCUCUGCUGAGCAACAUCUCGGAUUGUGACGAGACCUUUAACUACUGGGAGCCGACGCACUACCUCAUUUAUGGGAAGGGGUUUCAGACAUGGGAGUACUCUCCUGCCUACGCCAUCCGCUCCUAUGCUUACCUGUGGCUCCACGCCUUGCCAGCCUGGUUCCAUGCCAGGGUUCUGCAAACCAACAAGGUUCUCAUCUUCUAUUUCCUGCGAUGCUUCCUGGCCUUCCUGAGCUGCAUUUGUGAACUCUACUUCUACAAGGCUGUGUGCAAGAAGUUUGGGCUGCACGUGAGCAGGCUGAUGUUGGCCUUCCUAGUGCUCAGCACGGGGAUGUUCUGUGCUUCUGCAGCUUUCCUGCCCAGCAGUUUCUGCAUGUACACCACGGUGGUGGCCAUGACGGGCUGGUACAUGGACAGGACCUCGGUGGCAGUGCUGGGGGUGGCUGCUGGAGCCCUGCUGGGCUGGCCCUUCAGCGCAGCUCUGGGGCUUCCUAUUGCCUUUGACUUGCUGAUCCUGAAGAAGAGGUGGAAAAGUUUCCUGAACUGGUGUGUGGUCUCCUUGAUCCUGUUUUUGGUGCCCUUGGUGGUGGUGGACAGCUAUUACUAUGGGAAGCUGGUGGUGGCACCUCUCAACAUCGUUUUGUACAACGUCUUCACCCCCCACGGGCCUGAUCUCUACGGUACAGAACCCUGGUACUUCUAUUUCAUCAAUGGCUUUCUGAAUUUCAAUGUGGUUUUUGUGCUGGCCCUGCUCGUGCUGCCUCUGACCUGUCUGAUGGAGUGCCUGCUGCAGAAAUUCCGUGUUCAGAAUCUGGGCCGUCCCUACUGGCUGACCCUGGCUCCCAUGUACAUCUGGAUCCUGAUUUUCUUCAGCCAGCCCCACAAAGAAGAGAGAUUUCUCUUCCCCAUCUAUCCCCUCAUCUGUCUCUCUGCUGCUGUGGCUCUCUCUGCUCUUCAGAAAUGUUACCACUUCAUCUUCCAGCGCUACCGCCUGGAGCACUACACAGUGUCCUCCAACUGGCUGGCCCUGGGGACUGUCCUCCUCUUUGGCCUUUUGUCACUGUCACGCUCUGUUGCCUUAUUCAAAGGCUACCACGGGCCCCUGGACCUGUACCCUGAAUUCCACAGGAUUGCCACUGACCCCAGCAUCCACACGGUGCCAGAGGGGAGGCCAGUGCACGUCUGUGUGGGAAAGGAGUGGCACAGGUUCCCCAGCAGCUUCCUCCUGCCAGACAACUGGCAGCUCCAGUUCAUCCUGUCAGAAUUCCGGGGCCAGCUGCCCAAACCCUUUGCCAAGGGGCCCUUGGCCACCAGGAUCAUUCCUGCAGACAUGAAUGACCAGAACAAGGAGGAGCCAUCUCGAUACAUUGACAUCUCCAAAUGCCACUACCUGGUGGACUUGGACACAGCCACGGAGACCCCCAGGGAGCCAAGGUACUCCUCCAACAGGGAGGAGUGGGUCACCAUUGCCUACAAGCCAUUCCUUGAUGCUUCCAGGUCCUCGCGGCUGCUGCGCGCGUUCUACGUCCCGCUGCUGUCGGAGCGGCACACGCGCUACGGCAACUACAGCAUCCUGAAACCCCGCAGGAGGCAGCCCCGGAGGAGAGGGGGGGGCUAGGAGCAGCCCCAAAACCCAGCCAAAGCAUUGCUGGCACUCCUGGACAGCCCCCUGAGCCCUGAGUGAAGGAUGGUGCUGGAGGAUUCCCCGAGCAGCUCGGGCAGCCUCUGCCUCAAGCCAUUGGAAAAUCCAUGGAUGGGUUAGCCCUGCUGCUCCCCCCUUACACCAGGGAAGAGAAAAAUGGGAAAUAAAACACGGGAUGGCACCAUGAGGUUCUGCUGCAGGCUGCAAAUGUGGGAAAAGCCAGCUCAAAUUCUCUCUGUCUCUGCCCCACCCGCCCCUCUGCUCUCCUCACCUGCUGUCUUUCACCCAGGGAAUUUUUGUUUCAGGUAACAAAGCUUAGGAAUUUUCCUUUUCCGAGGGGAAAAGGAGGAAGAACACCUGACUGACAAUGAACUGGGGUGCACUGAAUCUCCAGGAAUGAACCAUCGUGCACCACAGAGGAGCAGCCAAAGCUGCUCUGUCCAGGAGACAUUUCCAGGCAUAAGCCUGUGCUUUUGGGAAGAAAAAACCAAACUGGGACAAUUAUGUGUUUAAUGGGAUCAGUGUUUGUGCUAUCUGUGAAGCCAAGUGUUUGUUUGCUAUUUAUAAUGAUUUUUUCAAGAUCCUUUGACUUCCAGACUUCAGCAUCUUAAAAAUUCUGGAAUCAUCCAGAGAAGAGAA